AUGGAUUGGGUGGACUUUGUGCAGCUUGUACGCCAUAUUUACGCCUUCGAUGUGCUUCCUGAGAUAGAUGAUGUUAAUGUCCAAGUGUUUAAGGUAGAUGAUUUUAAUGGUGGGAUAGGCCACUUCCUUGGACCUCUGGAUGUAUUCACGUUGGGUUGGGAGAAAGUCGUAAUGGAAUUAGACGUGUUAAGGUUAUGCUUGGCCACUCUUAUCUUUUUUACAGUUGUGUUUGGCUGGAUGUUGCCAGCUGUGCUUGGUGCUCUUCUAAUGUCUGCUUUAUAUUACUUUUAUGAUUUGUCGCCUUAUUUUGUUGUAGUUAAGAAUUCUAUAGGUGACAUGUAUGGUUUGGAGUUGAAAAAGUAG